GUGAGCUCACUCCCGCCUCCAUGUUCCCGGAGUCGCCUGGAAGCGUCCGUCCGAGGUCGCGGGCCGCCUGGGGAGUCCGCAGCGCGCCAGGCCCCUCCGGGCGCCGCACGCAGUAGGUGCCAUCCUAAUGAGUUCGGAAUGAAGGUGGGCAGCAGCGGGACCGAGGCACCCCGCCGGUAGACGCCGCGCCCCCCGGGCCCGCGCACGCCGUACCGCAGCGCGCUUCCGGCUGGGCCACGUGACCGCGCGCGCACGUGUUCCGGCCUCUCCGCGUCGCCGCUGCGAGCCUCCUCUUGGUUGCCCUGGCAUUGGUGCGCCUGGAGCCGGCGUGGGCCGGGCCCGGGAGGCGGCGGCCCGGGGAGCCGCGGAGACGCGGGCGCCGAGCGUCACGGGGUAACAGGCCCGGGCCGGUGGGUGGCAGCCUCCGACAUGAACCCCCGGGGCCUGUUCCAGGACUUCAAUCCCAGUAAAUUCCUCAUCUACUCCUGCCUGCUGCUCUUCUCAGUGCUGCUGCCCCUUCGCCUGGACGGCAUCAUCCAUUGGAGCUACUGGGCCGUCUUCACCCCCAUAUGGCUGUGGAAGCUUCUGGUCAUCGCGGGCGCCUCGGUAGGCGCGGGCGUUUGGGCCCGCAACCCUCGCUACCGCACCGAGGGGGAGGCCUGCGUGGAGUUCAAAGCCAUGCUGAUCGCUGUGGGCAUCCACCUGCUCCUGCUUAUGUUUGAAGUCCUGGUCUGCGACAGGGUGGAGAGGGGCACCCACUUCUGGCUGCUGGUCUUCAUGCCUCUCUUCUUCGUGUCCCCCGUGUCCGUGGCUGCCUGCGUCUGGGGCUUUCGACACGAUAGAUCGCUGGAGCUGGAGAUCCUGUGCUCUGUCAACAUCCUGCAGUUCAUCUUCAUCGCCCUACGGCUGGACAGAAUUAUUCACUGGCCGUGGCUGGUGGUGUUUGUGCCUCUGUGGAUUCUCAUGUCGUUCCUUUGCCUGGUCGUCCUCUAUUACAUCGUCUGGUCCCUCCUGUUCCUGCGGUCCCUGGAUGUGGUUGCCGAGCAGCGAAGAACACACGUGACCAUGGCCAUCAGCUGGAUAACGAUUGUCGUGCCCCUGCUCACUUUUGAGGUCCUUCUGGUUCACAGAUUGGAUGGCCACAAUACAUUCUCCUUCAUCUCCAUAUUUGUCCCCCUUUGGCUUUCCUUACUAACUUUAAUGGCCACAACAUUUAGGCGAAAGGGUGGCAAUCAUUGGUGGUUUGGCAUUCGCAGAGACUUCUGUCAGUUUCUGCUUGAAAUUUUCCCAUUUUUAAGAGAAUAUGGGAACAUUUCAUAUGAUCUCCAUCAUGAAGAUAGUGAAGAUGCUGAAGAGACAUCCGUUCCUGAAGCUCCGAAAAUUGCUCCAAUAUUUGGAAAGAAGGCCAGGGUAGUUAUAACCCAGAGCCCUGGGAAAUAUGUUCCCCCACCUCCCAAGUUAAAUAUUGAUAUGCCAGAUUAAAACUCCCAGAGAGGACCCAAGCACACAUAGACUCCACCUUGCCUUUGCCUCUUGUUCAUUCAUCCCAAACCUGGAAAUGGAAGCAGACUCCAAACACGGUUGUCUCACGCCCUGUUUGAGGUCGCUGCCUCAUCAGUAGGCAUCCUAGAUGGAGUGAUUUCCAUAUGUGGGUGUAUGUGGUGUGUACCCGGGUAAGAGAACUUGCUUUCCAGGUUUGCACUUUCAGAUGUAGCUGGGGGCAGUCAGCUGAAUUGUUUUAGUAGGUCCUCAAAAGGAGUAACUACACAAAGUCUCUUUUUUAAGUGCUACUGUACCUAUCAAAAAUAUUGUUAAAAAGUAUUUUUGUACACUGCUAAUCUAAAAUUGUAUUUCAGAUUGUGCCUGUUAUGACGUAAUAGCAAAUGUAAAGAAUUCUCUUUCCCACCACUUGUAUAAACCUCAUAGUCGUUAUUUUUAGUGUUCUUCCUGUUAAAAUACUUUCUCCUUGGGCUUUGCUGAUACUGGUCUUUGAUAUUCUGAUAGAUGAAUUUUUCGAAUGGAAUGAAUCCAUGCGUAUAUAGUAUUUAUGUGAACAUUUUAGCAGUGUAAUAUGUUGAAUUCUAGUUCUCUGCAGUACGGUGUAUUAUGUUGAAUUCUGGUUCUCUGCAAUACAACGUAUUAUGUUAAAGUAUAUUUUAAAGCUUACAUGUGAAGAUACAUGUCUAUUGCAGAUGUCCUUGAAGACUGCAUAAAACAAUAUGUGCCUGGUGUGGCUUUUACCAAAGUACUAGGCACGAAUAUAGAGACUGCAAAUCCCGUGGGUCUUAACAUUUAGGUGUUAGUAACCGAGGUCUGUGCUGUAUAAAGGUCUCUGGUAGUACCCGUUAGUAGAGGAAGAAGCCACUGCCCUUGGGAACUUGUGACAUGCUCCAGUGUGGUACCAGGCCAUAAAGUGACACGGUUGCUUAGCACCUUGAAUUUUUCCACACAGGUAGUAACUGUGUGGAAAUAAGCAACAAGUGGUUUGUCCAUUUCUAAGCAUCUUAGACUUACUAGUUGGCUGUACUGUAACGCAUUACUUGUCAUUGGAAGGCUGGAGAGAGUGGCCUUACCCAGAAGUGCCAACAGAAGUAGGUAUCAUUUUAAGGUCCAAACUUUUUCAUCUGUCAGCAAUAGGGAAACAACAGUUCCAGUUCUCUUUGUGGAGAAGUACAGUGUUUCUUUAGGUGCUCGUAGCACACCAGGGAAUCGGCAGAAGCUGGAUCCCGCAGAGUUGUAUUCGUCUGACUAAGAACAAAUAAAUACUUUCGAAAGGAGGUUAAAACAGAAAGGAGUGUUGAUGUUAUUACUGUGGAGAAGACGGGAUGGAGUCCACUUAUUAGUCAUUUACUAAAAAUGAUCUAAACUGCAUUCCACACUCUGCCCUGGCCAUGAGGCAAACUUGUUGGGUUUGGAGAAAAAUAAAAACAUAAUCCUAAAUUCACUAUAUUUGCUGUAUAUAAAACAUUAAAAUAACAUGCUCUGUACACAUGCUCUCAACAAGAGCCUGUGCUAGGAAGCUGAGUGCCAGAAUGCCCGAGGGAGCCACAGCUCAGCUUAGUCGGCUGGGACAGAGCUUGCAGUCUCUGUCUCUCUGACACUGGCAGUUUACACCAGCCAGCAGCCCUGAGAGCAGUGGAUGUAACUUUUUAUAAAGAAGGAUUCAUUCAUUCAUUUUCUCAAUAUUUCUUUAAGACCUACCCUGAGCCAAGCAUGGUGCAUCCUGUGGAGAUGUAGUGGAGAGCAAACAGGGAAGUGUCCUGUAUAGUGAGAAGUGUGAGCUGUGCCCGCAGAGGGAAAGAGUCCAGAGCAGCCUGUACAAGACGCGGGGAAAGAUGCUGCUGGCCUCAGGGUGACCUAGAACUUGAAGCCCAUUUUUGUUUUCAGGAGCCCAGUGCUCCCCUCCACCCCUAAAGAAUUUCUCCAAGACGUGGAUUUUCAUUUCAGUAAGAUUGAGGGGUGGAUGGGCAGGCAGUGCUGGAGGAGUUGGGAGGCAGGUUUGGGGGUUGCAGUGGGAUCACUGGCCCUCCUGGCUGCAGUUUUGGGCCAGGAGCCUGGCACCUGGUGCCAACACCCCAACCUGAGGGGUCCCCCACAAACCGCCAGCCCAUCUUACCUCCUGUCCCCCAAGCUGUCUAGUGUUGGAGAGCCAGCAUCUGAAGUGUGGAAACAAGCUUUCUCACCAGGUAGGGCAUCCGCAGUCAGGACCAUUAGGUAAAAACGGAAGCGACAGGUUGUAGGAAGUUAUUUGUCUGUGAGGCCGAGAGAACUUCAGCAGUGCCUGGGAAUUGAGCAAAUUGCCAUGUAACACUGACUAUCCAGUGUUCAGCGUGUAUUGAAUUCUGGAACUCUUCCUCCUGUGACGGGCUCAGUCAGAGUCAGCUGUUGCUGCAGAGCAACCCCAGAACCCGGUGGUCUCCAUCCACAGAUUCCCGUUCUCGGGUAGUCUACAAGUUGACUUCUGGGUUACGCUCCAGGCCCAGGUCUGAUCAGGUCUGCUCCGCAACAAGUUCAGUAUUCUGGGUCCCUGGUCGAAGUAGCAGCUUUUCCUGGGCCAUGUUCUUUCUCAUGGCAGAAGCACAAGAGGCUGAGCCCUACCCUGCAGGCACAAAUAUAGUCCCUGCUCACUUUCGGUUGGCCACAGCACAUGGCCAAGCCUGACCUCCGUGGGGAGAGGCAGUGCACAGCCAGGGAACAAUCACAGUCUGCAUGGGCUGUCACUCCAUGACCUCAGUGUUACGAGAUGGUUCUCAAGGAAUCACAGGAUUUGUGGCAGAUCACCCAUGAUGUGUUUCCCCUGACUCUGUAACUGGUAAAAGCUGUUUCCAUUAGGAGGGCUCUGUUGGGGGUUUGAGGUGAGAUGAGAAAGACGCUGCCUUCCAGCCCCUCGGUUAACAGUGGUGUGGCCCGAGAGCUCCACACAGGACAGUUUUGGGAAAGUGCUGGAAUCCAAAGCUUUUCUGGAGGGCUAUGCAGGGCACUUUGGAAAGGCCAGGUGUGGGUGCAGGGAGCCCAGCCAUAUAGGUGGAAGCUGCAGAUGGUGAGGGAGGCCUCCGGCCUGGCCCUGCCAGGGCCCCAACUCAGUGAAGGAAGCUGUUGGAUACAGGUCACUCAGCCGGGCAGGAAAGAUGGGAUGAAGCCCAGCAAGCUCACAGGGGUCCGGGGAGCUGUGUGGCUGGAAGCUCAGGCAGGGCCACAGCACGGGGACCAUUUGCUGGGCGUGCUGCAGCUGCCACUGCCACUGCCACUGUCAGCAUGACACCCACAAAAAGGGAGCCUCCAGACUCACCCCAGCUGCUGCAAGUGCUUCCUCAGCUGUCUUCCCUGAGCUCAAGAUUGAGUACCAGGAGGGAGGAUAUGAUCAGGCAAACCUCAGGUGUGUGUUCAUUCUAUAGCUCCCAGAACAUGUGAAGAGAGAGCAUCUGGCUCCUUUGUCUCCAGGAGGAGGCAGGACUCUGCCCAAACUCACUCAAUAAAAGAUUUUCCCAAAAGGAAGGGUGUUCUGAUGCCCAAGAUGACAGAAGUCCACUACACCACUUUCCUUGGAGAUCUGAUGUGCACAUUUCCUCCCAUCCUUACACCUCGGAAAUCAGGCUCCCACCUGUCAUAACACAGCCAUGCCUCAUGGCAAGACAACGGUUCAUCCUUUCCCUAGGAGAAAAGAGAGGCGAUGCCACGCUGCUUCAGCAACCAUUAAUACUUCGUCCAGCCCUUCACCCCGGGCAUCUGUAGGUGUCUCUCCCUCUGGUUUGGCCAUGGCGCUCUCUAUUUAGAAUGUACGGGUUAAAGUCAGCCGACACGCCAUGCCAUCAGAAGUGCCUCAGGGUCCUCCUUUUCCCAACCUCGUGGUUUUCUUCAGCCAGGAUACCAUACUGCAGCAGACUGAAUGCAGAAGCAACUAUGGGAAUGCAGCGACCUUCUUUCUGUUAAGCCAGGCUUUAAAGGUCCACAGAAAUGCAAAACGAUGCCACUCCUACUGACGAAAUGCAUUUUUUGCUUUGGAAAAUAUAGGUUUUUAAAAAUUUUUAAGUUAAUAUGUAAUGGAUGUAGGGUCUUAAAAUGAACAAAUAAAUAUUUUGCAGAGUUA